ACAGCUGGACCGAAGGGGGCGGGGUCGGUCCUGGGUAGCUAGCAAAAGCCAGGGCCGCGAAUCCCCGGCGACUGGAGCAUGGGACGGCGCUCCUGAAAGAGCAGGGGUGAGGCAGGGGCCUGGGACGCGAGAGGAAAAGAGGAGAGAAAGCGGCACGAGAGCAAAGGAGGAGGAUGCAACUGACUCGCUGCUGCUUCGUGUUCCUAGUGCAGGGCAGCCUCUAUCUGGUCACCUGUGGCCAGGAUGAUGGUCCCCCUGGCUCCGAGGACCCUGAACGCGAUGACCACGAGAGCCAGCCCCGGCCCCGGAUGCCUCGGAAGCGGGGCCACAUCUCACCUAAGUCCCGUCCCAUGGCCAACUCUACUCUCCUAGGGCUGCUGGCUCCACCUGGAGAGGCAUGGGGCGUCCUUGGGCAGCCCCCCAGCCGCCCAAACCACACCCCGCCACCGUCAGCCAAGGUGAAGAAAAUCUUCGGCUGGGGUGACUUCUACUCCAACAUCAAGACGGUUGCCCUGAACCUGCUCGUCACAGGGAAGAUCGUGGACCACGGCAACGGGACCUUCAGCGUCCACUUCCGACACAAUGCCACUGGCCAGGGCAACAUCUCCAUCAGCCUCGUGCCCCCCAGUAAAGCCGUAGAGUUCCACCAGGAGCAGCAGAUCUUCAUCGAAGCCAAGGCCUCCAAAAUCUUCAACUGCCGAAUGGAGUGGGAGAAGGUGGAACGGGGCCGUCGGACCUCGCUCUGCACCCACGACCCAGCCAAGACCUGCUCCCGAGACCACGCUCAGAGCUCAGCCACCUGGAGCUGCUCCCAGCCCUUCAAAGUCGUCUGCGUCUUCAUCGCCUUCUACAGCACGGACUAUAGACUGGUCCAGAAGGUGUGCCCAGAUUACAACUACCACAGCGAUACUCCCUAUUACCCCUCUGGCUGACACUGGGCAGGCCACAGAGGCCAGGCCAGGGCUAGAAGGACAGGCCUGCCCACAUAGGAGGCCAUCUGUCUGGACACUGAGCAGGGAAGGGGAGGGGCCUCAGGCAGGGAGUAGGGUAGGGAGAAGGAGAUGCCAAGUGGGGCCAGGGCCAAAUCUCAAGUGGUAGGGAAGGGGGUCCCAUGUGCUGGCCCCAACCUGAGCUUGUGGAGUGACUAGGACACAGGCACACACUGGAGGAGGAGUGGGUUCUCUGCACAGCCUCACAGGGCGUCCCCGUUGAGCGACAGGCAGAUGCUGCGUCCAGGAGGCCGCUGGGGCAGGCAGACCAGUGUGGCCCCUAUAAAGCCAUGGAGAGGAGCCUAAAACCUUGGCUCCCUCCCUGCCAUCCUGAGACAGGACAGCAACAAAGAGAGGGGGAUUUCAUCAGCGUGGAUGCCAAGUAGGCAGCAAAGAAUGACUGAGGCAGGGCCUCCUGGGAGCCAGCACUCCAGGGUGGAGGCAGAAGGAACUCUCCAGCCUCACUCAGUGGGCAGCCCUGAGCCCCUUGUUCUGGACUGUGGACUGAGCUCGGCUUGAAGCUGAAGUGGUAUUCCCGGAGUCUUCGAUGUCUUGACAAAUAGACCAUCUGCCUGAGCCAGGCCGCCCCUUUCCAAUAUUCCCUCUCCUGCCAUGGCUCCCCGCCCUUCCCCGUGCUCAUAGGACACAAUUCCUUAAGCUGAGACAGUCUGCUUGUGCGCUGUGUGUCCCUCCUGCACCCCACCUCUGCUGGCUCCUCUGGGAGCAUCCUUGUCCAGUGAGCCAUCCUUCAACCGUCAGUCUUGCCUGUCAGACUGGGGCUCCCUCGGGUGGAGAGGGUGCCUCCCCUCUUGGGCUGUAGGGCUGGGGGAAGCCAGACUGCAGAGGGUGUGCUGGACCUGUUCCGUGGUGUCUGUCUGGGGGUGGGGGGCGGGGAGGCCUUGUGAAAUCACCUGAUCGUCAACUUCUGUGUGCAGAAUCUUGUUCGUGGAGCAGGGAAUAAAGC